UUUUGCUCUUGAAUUAGAGAAGUGAUGACUGUGCAUUUUUCACUUGGACUUGACUGUACUAUACUAACUGCUGUGUUGGUUAAGCUAGCUUUGUUUGUUUGACAUUUGAGCUAUUAGAACUUUAUUCACUAUGGCAGGGAUUCCUCGGAGGAUUCUAAAGGAAACACAGCGUUUGACUGCCGAGCCAGUACCUGGUAUCGAAGCCAUUCCGGAUGAGAGCAAUGCUAGGUACUUUCACGUCUCAGUAGAUGGACCCGAAGACUCUCCUUUUGAGAAUGGUAAGUUCAGAUUAGAGCUGUUUCUACCUGAAGAAUACCCAAUGGCUCCACCCAAAGUCCGAUUUAUGACCAAGAUUUACCAUCCGAACAUAGACAAACUGGGCCGUAUCUGUUUGGAUAUAUUAAAAGAUAAGUGGAGUCCAGCUCUACAAAUUCGUACAGUGCUUCUAUCGAUUCAAGCAUUAUUGAGUGCCCCUAACCCUGACGAUCCCUUAGCCAAUGAUGUUGCUGAACAGUGGAAAAGUAAUGAGUCAAAGGCUAUAGAAACUGCUCGCCAGUGGACAAGGCUUCAUGCUUUCAGUACAUGAUUAAUAGAGACUUAUAAUGUUUGAGCUUGUACUGUAGCUAAUGAACAUUGUGGCAAAUCUGCAUGUUCUUGUGCAUUUUAA